UUUCUAUAAAGGCGCCUGGAGCGAGGAGGCCCUCGCUGCCGCUGCGUUCUUUGACCUUCUCCUCUCCUUCGAAGCUUCCGAGCGGACGGCCCAGGCACCCCCAUCAUGGCACCGAGGAAAUUCUUCGUGGGCGGGAAUUGGAAGAUGAAUGGCGACAAGAAAAGCCUUUCGGAGCUCAUCCACACUCUCAAUGAGGCUAAGGUCCCUGCAGAGACCGAGGUGGUUUGUGGUGCCCCUUCCAUUUACCUUGACUUUGCCCGUCAGAAACUUGAUGCCAAGAUUGGGGUGGCUGCACAGAAUUGUUACAAGUUGCCUAAAGGAGCAUUUACAGGAGAAAUCAGCCCAUCCAUGAUAAAAGAUGUUGGUGUCACCUGGGUGAUCUUAGGACACUCUGAGAGAAGGCAUGUCUUUGGUGAGUCAGAUGAGCUCAUUGGACAGAAGGUGGCCCAUGCCUUGUCUGAAGGGCUUGGAGUCAUUGCUUGCAUUGGAGAGAAACUUGAUGAGCGAGAGGCUGGUAUCACAGAGAAGGUGGUAUUCGAACAGACCAAAGCCAUUGCUGACAAUGUGAAGGACUGGAGUAAAGUGGUUCUUGCCUAUGAGCCAGUUUGGGCCAUUGGAACUGGUAAAACGGCAACUCCCCAACAGGCUCAGGAAGUUCAUGACAAGUUGAGGAACUGGCUGAAGACCCAUGUUUCCGAAGCCGUUGCACAGUCAACUCGAAUCAUCUAUGGAGGUUCAGUUACUGCUGCCAACUGCAAAGAAUUGGCCUCUCAACAUGAUGUAGAUGGCUUUCUUGUUGGUGGGGCUUCCCUGAAGCCUGAAUUUGUAAGCAUCAUCAAUGCAAAACAGUGAAACCUACUCUAUAGAACCUGAAAUAAAAAAAAGCUGGAGGGAGAACCAACCCUGGUUGGAAGAGAAAUACUGUAAAGAUACACUUGCACUCAAGUGAAAUGGCCUCACCUUCAAUCCCUUUUCCCACCUUUAUCAUUCACCUCUGCUGCUAAACAUGGAUGCCAAUAUAUGAAUAUUGUGUUCCUUCAUAAAAGCAAUAUUUCAUUUGCUUCCUCUGUACUUGUGAGAGGGGCUUCCUGCCUUGGUUUUUAGGCUCUGUAAACUAGUCAGGCCUAUUUUCUUUCCACUCCAAACUUCUGCUCUAGAGGGACAUCUGCCUUGUUAAGGAAGGUGUUCACCUCAUGGUUCACCUAAUUUGGACUCUGUGCCUAGUGGCUUGUAAUUGCCUGUAAGUUGUAUAUUCCUUCCGUGUCUCCUAGGCCGUUGGUAUAACUAGAAAUAAACAAAUGGAAAGUA